GCGGCUCUUGUCACGGGGGGGGAGGGAAGGGGGGUAUAUAACCGGCUCGUGCUGUUGAGGAAGGGUUAGCCAUAUGUGAACGAUAGCCAUCGACAGAGAGCAAUCAUAUACGAACUCUUUGAUAACUACGAUAUGUUGACACAAGGCUUUGACCCCUCCGGCAUGUCCGGCGACGCAGCCGCUUCCCUCCCCCCAACCUCCUCCCCCACCGACAUCCCCUCCACAACCCGCGGCCCCUCCGUCACCCCCACCGGCACCGCAAUCCCCACUCUCCCCCUCUCCACUUCCCCCACGGCCACCUCCUCUUCCCCUACUGACACCUACGGCGUCACCCCUCCUAACGCGAACCGCUGGUCCAACUUCGCACCCAACAGAUGGUCCUUCGGCGGUAAUGACGGACAAGGCACCCCGGCGUUCCAGUCGUUGUUGGAACAGAGGAGGGGAAGCCAGGAUAAGGCGAAAGAGCAUGCGGAGAUUGGGAUUAGGAGGGGGAGUUUGGGGGAGACGAUGAAUCAGUUUUGGAAGAAUUUGGGGAGGGGGGAGUGAGGCAGUAUUAUUAGGGAAUGGUGUACG